UCUCCAGCAAGUAGUAAGAAAGAAAAAAAAAAAAGGGGGGGAGGGGGAAGACCUGAACUGGAGACUAAAGUUCUUUGUCUUUCUCCUAAACAACUUCUUCGUGAAGUGCUUAAGAAUCAAGACACGAUAAAAGCACACUUGUUUAUAUACUGGGUCCAUCCCUCUAACUCUAAGCUCACUCCCUAAAACUCACAAAUACUUUGCUUUCUCUUUCUCUCACUCCUACUCUGCAAACGCGUUCAAAGUUGCUUCUCUUCUUGUGUCAAACCAAUACGCUUUCAGUUUUGUUUCAGGAACUUAUUGGCUUUCAACCCGAACUGGUUAAUUUUCUGAAAUAUAUGGAGUUAGAAGGGAGUGUAAAGGAGACUGUGGUGACACAAGUUAGUGUUGGUGGAUUUGACCGACAUGUCAAAGCCAGAGAUCUGAUGAAGUACUUGGAGAAUGCAGUUGGCGUUGUCUGGAGGUGUAGACUGAAGACCUCAUGGACACCACCAGAAUCGUAUCCUAAUUUCGAAAUUACUGACACUUCUGUUAUCCAAAGAAAAGAUAACUAUAAGAAGGUGGAGCCCCAUGCCUUUGUUCAUUUUGCUUCACCGGAAGCAGUGACUUGGGCUGUGGAUGCUGCAGGUCGUACUGAGCUUGCUUUCAACAAUCAGCUGUUGAAGGUUAGUUUGGGGCCUGAGAAUCCUUAUUACUUGAAUCGACGGAGGAGGGACACAGCACCCUUUAUGCUACCUGAUGUCUCCCUGGAGAUUGGAGCACUGGCUAGUUGCGAUGAAUUCUUUGUUGGCUGGAGAGGACCUCCUUCUGGUGUUGAGUUUCUUGUGGAUCCAUUUGAUUGUACCUGCAAAUUUUGUUUCUCCAGAGAUACAGCCUUCUCGUUCAAAGGCACAAAUGAGCGUGCUGUCAUAAAGUGUGACUUUAAGGUUGAAUUUCUGGUUAGGGAGAUCAAUGAAGUUAAGCAGUAUUCAGAACAGACGGGUUUUGUAGUGCUCUUGCAGCUGGCUUCGUCACCUUGGGUCUGGUAUAGAACUGCUGAUGACGACUUUGAAAAAUCAGUUCCAUUUGAUCUGUUGGAUGAUGAUGAUCAGUGGAUCCGGACCACUGAUUUUACUGCAAGUGGAGCUAUCGGUCGUUGUAAUACAUACAGAGUCCUAGUCCGUCCUCGUCAUGGUUUAAAGCUGAAGAAGGCCAUGUAUUAUCUCAGAGAACGAAGAGUACCAGUGAAAGAUCUCAGAUCACAACUUAGGAUCUGUGAUGAACCUUAUUUUGGGAGGUCCAUGUCUGAUCACUUCUAUUAUACUUACAAGGAAGGGAUUCCUUUUGAAAUAAUGUUUUUGGUUAAUGCUGUACUGCAUAAAGGCAUAUUUAAUCAGCAUCAGCUAUCAAUGGACUUCUUUAAGCUACUGAGAAAUCAAUCAAUGGAGGUCAAUGUGGCUGCACUAAGGCACAUCUAUUCCUCUAGGCAUCCAGUGUAUGAUGCCUAUAAGAGGCUGAAAGAUGUUCAUGAUUGGCUGUUGAAGAAUCCCAAACUCUUUAGGAGCCCUCCGCAGUUGGAUGAUAUUGUUGAAAUCAGAAGAUUGGUCAUUACCCCAACCAAAGCUUAUUGUCUUCUUCCGGAAGUUGAGCUUUCUAAUAGGGUUCUCAGGAAAUAUAAAGAUGUUGCUGAUCGGUUUUUAAGGGUCACAUUUAUGGAUGAAGGCAUGCAGACAAUGAAUGCAAAUGUGCUCACUUACUAUAAUGCCGCAAUUGUAAGGGAUGUGACGUCUACCUCUUUUUCUCAGAAAACGGGAGUAUUCAAAAGGGUAAAGUCUAUUCUAACAGAUGGAUUUUACUUGUGUGGUCGCAAAUACUCUUUCCUUGCUUUCUCAGCCAAUCAAUUGAGAGACCGCUCUGCAUGGUUUUUCGCUGAAGAUGGGAAGAUAAAUGUGCUUCAAAUUAUAGGUUGGAUGGGGAAGUUUGCAAACCGGAAUAUUGCUAAAUGUGCUGCCAGGAUGGGUCAGUGCUUCUCGUCAACGUACGCAACAGUGGAAGUUCCUUCAGGACAGGUUAACAUGCACCUUCCAGAUAUACAGAGGAAUGGAUAUGAUUUCUCUGAUGGGAUUGGCAAGAUCACUCCCGAUCUUGCAAUGGAAGUUGCUCAGAAAUUGAAGCUGGACUUGAAUCCUCCUUGCGCUUAUCAAAUUAGAUAUGCUGGUUGUAAAGGGGUCGUGGCUUGUUGGCCGGAAGAAGGUGAUGGGAUCCGUCUUUCUUUACGGUCCAGUAUGAUUAAGUUCUUUUCUCACCACACAACACUGGAAAUCUGUUCUUGGACAAGAUUUCAGCCUGGCUUCCUGAAUAGGCAAAUUAUUACAUUGCUUUCAACACUAGGUGUGCCUGACAAAGUAUUUUGGGGAAUGCAAAAGUCCAUGGUUUCUAAGUUGGACAAAGUCCUUGUGGACACUGAUGCAGCAUUUGAAGUCGUUAUUUCAUCAUGUGGUGAGCAAGGGCAUACUCCAGCAAUAAUGUUGAGUGCAGGUUUCAAGCCUCAAACAGAACCUCAUUUACGAGGAAUGUUGACUUGUGUGAGAGCAUCUCAACUUUGGGGCCUUAGGGAAAAAUCUAGGAUUUUUAUUCAUUCAGGCAGAUGGUUAAUGGGCGUUUUGGAUGAACUAGGUGUACUUGAACAAGGUCAGUGCUUUAUCCAAGUGUCAAAUCCAUCUCUACAAAACUGCUUCCUUAAACAUGGUUCUAGGUUUGCUGAAACAAAGAAAAAUUUUGAAGUAAUUAAGGGGCUGGUUGUCAUAGCUAAGAAUCCUUGUCUUCACCCUGGAGAUGUAAGAAUUCUAGAAGCAGUUGAUGCCCCUGGUUUACACCAUUUGUAUGACUGUCUGGUCUUCCCUCAAAAGGGUGAGAGACCCCAUACGAAUGAAGCUUCUGGAAGUGAUCUUGAUGGGGACCUUUAUUUUGUCACAUGGGAAGAGGCUCUUAUCCCCCCUAGCAAGAAAAGCUCACAACCCAUGCAGUAUAACCCUGAUGAGCCUCGGGAGUUGCAUCGCCCAGUCACUCAUAAGGACAUAAUUGAGUUUUUUUCAAAAAACAUGGUGAAUGAGCACCUGGGAAGUAUCUGCAAUGCACAUGUGGUUCAUUCUGACCUUAGUGACCAUGGUGCUUCAGAUGAGAAAUGUAUACAUCUCGCAGAGUUAGCGGCUAUAGCUGUUGAUUUUCCUAAAACCGGGAAGAUUGUGUCGAUGCCUGCUCACUUAAAACCACAACUUUACCCAGAUUUUAUGGGUAAAGAGGAGUUCCAGUCAUACAAGUCAAACAAAAUUCUGGGAAGACUAUAUCGUGAUAUCAAAGAUGCGUAUGACGAAGAUGUCUCUGAAUCUUCUGGGCUCAAUUUUUGUGCUAGUGACAUCAAUUAUGAUGCAGAUCUUGAAAUUACAGGAUCCGCUGACUACAUAGCUGAUGCAUGGGCUAAAAAGUGCUCCUAUGACGGGCAGCUGAUUGGACUACUUAAACAGUACAAAGUUAAGAGGGAAGAGGAGGUCGUAACUGGCCAAAUCUGGUCCAUGCCCAAAUAUGCCAGUAAGAAACUAGGGGAUUUGAAGGAGAAGCUUGGUCAUUCUUAUGGUUCCCUCAGGAAAGAAUUCAGACAACUUUUUGAGAACAUGGAUUCCGACUUUGAGCAGCUCAAUGAGGAUGAGAAGAACAAGUUGUAUGAAAGAAAGGCUUCAGCAUGGUACCAGGUCACUUACCAUCCUGAAUGGGUUCAGAAGACGUUAGAGUUCCAGAAGCCUGAUGGUGAUGAAGGUGUUGUGAUGUUAAGCUUUGCUUGGAUUGCUGCUGAUUACCUAGCUCGAAUAAAAGUUAGGCACCAGGGCACUGAAAAUCUUGACUUUGCUAAGCCUGUCAACUCUCUAGUAAGGUACCUAGCCGAUCGAAUAUAACCAGUAUUUGACUGUUUUGGCAGCAAAUUCAUUUGCUGGAUCCGGCUUCUUGGUCGCAAAGCCACUCUGCCAUUUUGAAAGAUAAGUUGUAAUGUUGGUUUGUAAUGCAGUACAUCUCUCUUGUUACCCUAUUGUUGCUAUGACCUAUUGUGAUUGUUCAAAGAUGAUUUUCCAUGCUUUGUAUGAAAGUAAUAUUUUUCAA